CCUCCACCGGAGACACCAAAAAGAAUAGACAAGACUCCAAACAAACAUUUGCCUUGGUUUUGCCAUCACCCCACCAUAAGCUUCUCUCUCUCUUCAGUCUUCAUUGCCUUUGGGUCUCUUCCUCAGUUAUAAAACAGCCCCAUCUACUGUGGAAAGAAUAAAGGAGGAGGAGAGUAAAGCACCUGAAAACAGCACUGACUCCACCACUCAUCAAACACUGUAUACAAAUUCAGUGAAAUCAGGCGGAAUUCAAGAUACAAAGCAAAAAGUGUGAGAGCAAUUACUCUAGUUCUGUGGAGGCCUUUGAUCCUUCUUCUACAUUCAUCGUAAUGCCAUUACACUGCAUUUUGAAAUCUUGAUUUGGCUGAAGGUUUUGCUGUUUUGGGGUUGUGCCUUGGGCAGAACCGUGUGUUUGGGCAAUACCCAUGUUGUGAGAACUGACCCACUUCACCCAUUCGAUGUUUAAAUCGCUCUGUCUCUUGUGAAAACUCUUGCGGAUCAAAUACCCAUAUGGAGAAAACCAAAACCAUUUCUCCAUUCUCAUUGUAAGCUACAAUUUCAGGCUGGUUUUGAGAUUAGAGCAAAGAAAGUUCAGUUUUUUUUUACAUUUAGUGCAGGUUUGGAUUGGAAAAAGGGUGUUAUCGGAUUUGAUUUCUGCAUAAAGACUAUACUCAAGCAGAAUUUGAUAGGAAAUAGUCGUUAAGAUGCACACAAGGGUAAUGUCAUGGGAGGAAGGCAAGGAGUUUGAAACUAUAAGUAGAACAAACCAACCUAAGGUUUUCCAACUUAGACUCCUUCAAUUUUUAUUGCUAUUUUUGCUUGUGGGUCUUGGAGUUAUGAUCUUUAGUAUGAAUAUGAUUCGAUAUUUUGGAGUUGAGAGCGUAGUCCCUGUAGCUCGGUCCCAUUUUCAACCUUGCUUUGAAGAGGCAAAUACUUUAGAAACUUGGAUUAGGCCUCCAUCCAAACUGUUACACAGCAUGAAUGACAGUGAGCUGUUUUGGCGAGCUUCCUUUGUUCCCGGAAUAAAGAACUACCCAUUUAGGAGAAUUCCGAAGAUCGCCUUCAUGUUCAUGACAAAGGGGCCAUUGCCACUGUCACCUCUAUGGGAGAGAUUCUUCAAGGGCCACAAGGGACUAUAUUCAAUCUAUGUUCAUUCUCUGCCAUCUUAUGAUGCUGAUUUUCCAGCUUCAUCGGUUUUCUACAAGAGACAAAUUCCUAGCCAGGUGGUGGAGUGGGGAAUGAUGAGCAUGUGUGAUGCUGAGAGGAGACUACUAGCUAAUGCAUUGCUUGAUAUUGACAAUGAAUGGUUCAUCCUCUUGUCAGAGUCUUGCAUUCCUCUCCACAACUUCAGCAUUGUCUAUCGCUACCUAUCAAGAUCCCGAUACAGCUUUAUUGGUGCAUUCGACGAAGAUAGCCCUUUUGGGAGGGGACGCUAUAACCCAAACCUAGCACCUCAAGUUAACCUCACCGAAUGGCGUAAAGGAUCCCAAUGGUUUGAAGUUAAUCGGAAACUUGCAAUUGACAUAGUUGGAGACAACACUUUCUACCCAAGAUUUAAGGAGUUUUGCAGACCAUCAUGUUACGUGGAUGAACACUACUUCCAAACAAUGCUGACCAUCCUGGCUCCACACCUAUUAGCAAACAGGACCACCACUUGGGUGGACUGGUCGAGGGGUGGUGCACACCCUGCCACAUUCGGCCAGGCUGAUAUCACAAAGGAAUUCUUCAAGAAAAUCAUUGAAGGUGGCACCUGCAUUUACAAUAACCAGCCAACUUCACUUUGCUUCCUUUUUGCAAGAAAGUUUGCUCCAAGUGCAUUGGAACCACUCUUAGACUUAGCAUCUGAAGUUUUUGGUUAUUAACAAAUUGAUGAGCAAACCGAUUACAUUUUUUCUCUGAAAAGUGGCUGUUGGAACAUGCGAGUUAUGUCAUGAAGCAAUCUUGUUUCAGGUGAACGCCUCUGAAAUCUUUUUCCCUACCACUUUUAUUCCUUGAUAACAUGUAUUACCAUUAGGUUUAGAUCUUAGACAAGCUCCCAGGGCAUAAUAAUAUUCUAUAUGUUUACAUCUUACACAAGGUUAUGGGGCUUAAUAAUAUUCUCUUUGAUUGUAUUUUGUACUGUACCUUAUGAAUGAAUAUCUACAUUUAUGUUUGUUGAUGGUU